UAUGUUCAUGACAAGCGAAUCUUACGAAGUUGAAAUCUUCGCUGUCGCGUUCUACGCAUGCGUGCAUGAGCGACAAGGAACUGGAUGCAAUUUGCGAAUAAACUUGUACACUACGUUUGUUUAAAGAUGCUGUUUUUUUGCCAAUGAAUGCACUAAUGCUUAACAUCCACUGUUUUUCAUUAAAUGGGUUAUUCCGACAGUUACACAUACGGGAAGGCCUUCAUCCCCAGUCUCUCCUGACGUUCAGCCGGAGUGUGCACCCCUGGUCAAAGCUGGAGGGAGCUUCCAUCUCUGCCGCGGAACUUUCCAUAAGAAGAAACCAUUCUGGGAGGUACACUAUGCCAAAAAAAGACAAACCGGGUAAGAAUACACAGAAGCAAGUGGAGCCGGCUCCGGGGCCAGUUACACGAGAUAAAAGUGGGCUGAUCUGCAUCGCAAUACACGCCAAACCGGGAUCCAAACAGAAUUCUAUAACAGAUGUAUCUCCACAGGCGGUAGGUGUCGCUAUAGCUGCGCCGCCAUCUGAAGGGGAGGCCAACGCCGAACUUGUAUGGUAUUUAUCUAAAGUGCUGGAGCUGAAGAAGAGCGAGAUCACUUUGGACCGGGGUUGCAGAUCAAGAGAGAAACUGAUCAAGGUAUCUGGGUCGAUAAGUCCAGAAGAAGUUCUUGAAAGGCUAAAAAGAGCCGCGGCUGAGUGAGUCGAUAAAGGGGGGAAAUCCCGGGGGAAUUUUCAGUACUGCUUUUCUGACGAGGAAGCGCCUGAGCUCCACUGCACCUAUGGACGCUACAACACGGCGCCAGAGUGUUGCAGAUGGUAUAGCCACCAUUCAGAGUUUGGGUACGGCUUGCGCCAAAGUGGUCAUUGCUCCGUCACCGUGGAUGUGUUGAUUUCAGUAUAUUUUGUUUUCUGGUAUAUAUGUAUUUUUAAUAUACCUAUAAUGGUCAAUGUCUUGACUGUGUAUUCAUGUUGACAGCUAAAGCCAAUGUUUAAUAAUGAGUCACCUGGGAGCUCUCAAGUUCUGCAUUCAUGGUUGUGGUGCACACUAGAAUUGUGCAGAACGCUGGAUAGUGAUUUAUUCGUGGUAGUGUACCAGCUCUACAGUCUACCUGAGUGUGUCAGGACACACCCUCCCCCCUACAAAUAUUUACUGUUGUGUUUAUGAUAAAGACUGUUACAGAUGGUAAGUUGUAGCUGAAUAAUUAUAUUGGCAGGAGAGAGUUUUAAAAGCAGUGUUCUGCUAGGAAGUUGACUUGAUUAAGAUUUGUUCUUGAGAGAGGACAAAGUUACUGUACAGUGCACCAACCCAUCAUCCACAGUCAGUGAGCAACAGAGUACUGGUCUUUACAAUUUAAAACUCCUAUAUUUGUCCCCACAUUUAUGGACCAUUCAUGGUGCAACCAGGUUUUUCAUUAUGUAGGAUUUAAGCUAUUUUGGAUAUCUUAAAAGAUCAUGCGCUUUAAUACUGGCUGUAACUUGUGGCUUUUACAUUGUUGUGUUCCUCAGACUGAAUGUGUUCUGGAAAAUAUGGGAAAUAAAGUUUGUAUUCCUUAUGAAAUAUUCCUAAAAUUGAGAUUGUUUAUCUUAAAGUGUGUGGACUGGGCUCUCUGAUAACUUCUCAGUAUUGGGGUCUAUGGCUCUCAUUUUAAGGAAAAAAUAGUAUAUCCUAUAGUUUUGUGAAUUUAAAAAUGUGUACUCAUGCACUGAACAUAUUAUUAAUCAUUAUAAAUUGCAAAGAAAACUGCAUUUAUAUUUUCAGAUAAUUUUGAAAUGAGAAAAUAUUUUUGCUUUGUGAUUACACUUUUGACCCUAUUCUUAAUUAGCACUCAGGUUCACAAAAGUGCAGAUUAUUUUAUUGAGAACUUACUGUAAUUAUGGUGCUGCAGAGAAAUAAAGCUGCAUAUACAAGCCAAAAUUUGGCCUUCAAGGAGGAGGUAGUUCAUGCUGCUUAUGGUCAGGGGAUUUCUAUGUUGGUGAAUGCACAGAUAAAAGAACAUAAAAACUCCCAAUGCAAUUAUCUUGGAGAGGAAAUUAAUACAUUUGACAGUGCUGUAUUGUACUCAAAUAGGCAUGUAUUAUAGCACCAGAUAUGACCAUCAAAUAAAUAAAACUAUUUUAACGCAUUAGUAUUGAACACAAGUUGUUUCAGUUGUUUCAUUAGUUCUUGUGAAUUUGAAAAAUGUUACUUUAUGUGCAGAAGUAGAAAAAAACUAUUUUCUUAAGUGCUGGAGUUAUAUCCAUAAGGUAUACCUGACCUUAUGAAGACCUGAGGGUUGAAACGUUGUGUUGUAGUUAAUAAAUGGGAGCAUUGAAGA